AAAUUUGGUUUUUGGAGAUAAUUUAAACAAGUAUCAUAUUGUAAUUAUGUCUUGUAAAUAAUUACAUAUAUUUUAAAUAAUUCCGGAACUAUAUCAGAGGGCACCACUUAACUUAGUAUUUCUGAAUUGGAUGAGAGUCGUUUGGAUAAGACCGUUUGAAAGCGAUUUGUGGUAUGAGAAAAAGUCUUAUUGUGGACGAUCAUUAAGGGAAGUUUUGUACUAUAUUCUGAAAAUGUUUCGAUCGAAGAAGGAUGUUGACCGACACGUGAAGAACAUUUUUAUCAAACUUAAAGAUUCAGGAGAGAAAAAGCUUCGAUGUUAUAAUAUUGCAAAAUUAUAUUAUCAAGUUGGAGACUAUGAAUCUGCAAAAAAAUAUGUUUCAAAUUAUUUGGAAAUAAGAGACAAAUCUGCAGGAGCUCAUAAAUUAUUAGGUCAAGCUCUUGAAGCUUUGGGCCAGAAAGAAGCAGCCUUUGUAAGAUAUAAAAUAUCUCUUGAAUUAGAACCAAAGCAGGAUGAUCUUCUCCUAAAAGUAUGUGAGCUGUUGUCUGAUAUGGAUAUUAAUACAGAUAUAAAUAAGAUAAAAUAUUGGGUAGAAAGAGCAGAUAAGAAAUUUCCACAUCACGAAAUAGUUUUUGAGCUAAAGGAAAAAUUGUUAACUUCAAAAACACCAAGUGGUGAUGAUGAUGAUUUAGAAAAACUUAUUAUAUCUGAAUUAUCAGUAAAACAAACAGAUGUGCAUCUACAAGUGAAGUUGCUCAAGUAUUAUGUAGGAAAUCAUAGGCUUGAAGAUGCAUAUAACAAAGCAACCGAGAUAGAGGCAACGCAGUGUCACAGAAAUAAUAUCAUUUGGUAUCAAUCAUUAACUGAAUUACUUGUGAAGUGUAAAGAGAGUAAACAGUCAGAUUGGACAUUUUGGAUAUUUUAUAUUUCUGUGUUAGAAAGAUAUGCAGCACUUUGUCUUAAAGAACAGAGUAAUGUUAUUAGAAAAAGUAUAACAGAUAUUACACAGGCAGUAUUUAAUUUUGAUCAAAGUUUACAUGAAUGUAAAUCAAAGAACUUCUCUAAUCAUCCUGUUUUUAUUGAACACAUGUUAUUACACAUGUGGGGUCAAUUACAUUUUCAUUUAGCAUGUUUAAUUUUACGUAAAACUAAGGCUGGUGAAGAUAGUUGGUCUGAAGCAGGUAGAUUGUGUGGACCUCUUUUAUUAACUGCAUUACAUGUAGCACCUAUAGAUCCUACUGCUGUAUGGACUAUGCAUUUAAAAGAUAGACUUAAGAAUCUAGUACAUGUUUGGUAUAGAGAAGGAUCAUACAGAUAUAGCCAGGCAGGUCAUGUACUUCAAGAUUAUGCCCGAGAUAAUACUAAGAAAUUACUAGAUAAAAUCGAUAAAUUUUGUACAAGUUCAUGGCGAGAACGGGUAUAUCAAAGAAUCUUUAUUGGUCGAUUGUAUCAAGAUGGUAAAACAACAUCAUAUUUCGUGAACUCUUCAGUUUCAAAUCCACCAUUACGUUUAUGUUCAUUUAAUGAACUAAAAAGAUUUGAUGAAAUAUCCGAAGAAGUAUGGCCAGAUUCAUUACACCAUCAAGUUUGGCUUGGUUUAAGAGCUCGGCCCCACACCUCACAAAAUAAAGACAAUGGACCGCAUCCAAAUCAAACAUCACGUGUUUUCUGUGAAUUACAGUUUUCUGUUUAUAACUUACACCAAGCAGCUCCUGAAAGUUUAAGUCGUCUCGAUAUUGAUGCAUUUUUAAAUGCUGCUAUCUGCACUUCUUCUGUACUUGAAGAACAGCAAUUGAGUGGGCUUUUAAACCCUGAAAAAUUACCUACAUUGCCCGCAGAUCUUACUAACACUCUCUGUACUAGUGUUCAAGAACAGUGGUGGUCUUAUGCUUAUAAAGUAUAUUCUAUGGAUAAACAAAAGCCAUUGGACGAAGAUGUUGGAGAAUUGAGAUUAGAAUUACAAAGAGGCUUAGAAGUAGUACGUUGCCUUGGAAAUCACGGAUUGCAUCCUGUUCUUUUAGUUCAUUUAGCACGAAUAUUUCAUUAUAGAGCAGAGACAUUGAAAGAAAUAGAUCAAGAAAAUAAUGACAUACCAUAUUUAGAAGCACGAUCUGAGAUGUAUUGGUCGGCUGCAAUACCACUUCUCGAAAGAUUACAAAAUAAUCAAGUUAUUCGUAUAACUAAUUCUAAAUUUUUUAACUAUCAAGGAAAAGAAAUGAAUAAUGUAGAAAUAAUUAAAGCUUUAGAAGAAGGUAAAUUGCUUCUAGCUCAACGAUUUGUACGCAGCAAACAAUAUGAAAAAGCAAUAGAUGCACUACAGGCUUUGAAAUGUCCAGAAGCUUCAGUUCAACAGGGUCAAAUGUAUGAAAAGCUUGCAGAUGAGAUCAUCAAUUCUAUACCCAAGGAAAGUUUAACGUCUGAAAUGAGAUCACAACAUAUAAUCAUGCUCUCAAAAGCAAGAGAAUGUUUUUAUCUAACAUUAGAUCGCUUGCGCAGUCCGGGUACAGAUCCGAAACAUCCUUUAAACUCAUUACUUUCCACAUAUAUUUCCAAUGUUGAAAAUAAAUUGAAAAGGAUUGAUCCAGACCUAUCACGAGGUGACUUAAGCAGAAAUGAGUGCGAUGGAAUGUCGGAUGAAAGUUAUUCUUCUGCUCAUAGUGCUGUUGAUCAAACAGCUACAAAAAUGUCAACAUUAACGGGAUUAAAUGCUUCAAUUAAUAUUCUGAGUACACCACAAAAAAACAUACACCGUACACCAAAACAGUCUAGCACUCCUUGUAGGGCACAACAUCAGGAUAUAUUGGAUUUAUCUCGGAAUCGCUCUGAGGCACGUCCGAGUCCUGAACGUCUUGACGCUCAAAUUCGUUCACUAAAUCAAAUGAUUCACGCAAAGGAUAAUAAGAUACAAUCGAUAGCAGAGCAAAAUAAAGCUAUAUUGGAAUUGAACAAAACAGUAAUGGAGAAAGUCGAAAAAUUAGCAAAAGAAGUAACAGAAUUACGAAAAGAAUUUCAGAAACAACGUACUCAGAUUAAUGUUAAUGUUAAUCCGAAUCUAGAAGAAGAUUUGUGCAUUUUGAACGAAGAUGAUUACAAUGAUUUAAAUUACAACGCAAAUCAAUCAGGCCCCGCAUCUUCGAUAUCUGGGAACAUGUUUCAAUCUUCUCAUAGACAUCCAUAUUCUCAGUUGGUAUAUCCUUCAGCUACUUUUCAAGGAUAUUAUCCGGCAGGAAUGUCAUUUAAUGACCCAAAUGCACAAGCUAUUCCUUCUUUAUACCCUCCAAAUGUUUAUUCAAUGCCGGUAUUGUAUCCUAAUACGAGAUCGAAAAUGCCUGAAAACAUUCUUCAACAAAGCUUAUUUAUGCCACCAACAAAUCAAUCAUUGCAAAUUCCACUGCAAAAAAUAGAAACAUCAAAACCAGAAUCGAUUAUAAAAGACGCUCCUGUAAAUAAAAUUCCACCAGUUAAUGUUGCUAUUACCACUUCUGAUACACUUCCAACUACAGCACCAAUUGUUCAACCAACACUUAGUGUAACGAUUCCUCCACAUUUCAGACAAAGUAGUUCUUCUACUCCAGCUGCCACUGAACAAUCUGCUCCACAUUGUUAUCAAAUUUCUAUGCCUUCCCAAGCUACUAUACCAACAACAGUAAACUUACCACCCUUGUCAAAUACUGUUACAACUACUCCAGCAAAUCUUUCUGUAUCAGAGACAUCAAAGCAAGAUACUAUCUGUUCAACUGGAUCUCCAAACAGUUCAGAUCAUGAACAUGAUCCAAUUCCGGAUUUUGUUCCUGUUAUACCAUUACCCGCAGAAGUUAAAGUUACUACUGGAGAAGAGGGUCAAGAGGUACUGUUUUGUGCAAGAGCUAAACUUUACCGUUUCGUGGAUAAUGAAUGGAAAGAACGUGGUAUAGGAAACGUCAAAUUACUUAAGAAUGAAGAAGGAAAAGUUCGUUUACUUAUGCGCAGGGAACAAGUAUUAAAAGUAUGUGCAAAUCAUUAUCUUGUGCCAGAUAUGGAGUUAACUGCUAAAUCAAAUAAUGAAAAGGCAUGGUUUUGGGUUGCACAUGACUUUGCUGAUGGAGAAUUAAACCUAGAAAAGUUUUGUAUCAGAUUUAAGACUGUUGAAGAAGGUAUUUCCUUUAAGGAACAUUUUGAUAAAGCUAAAGCAAGUCUUACAUCUGAGAAAAUAAUUGAAAGUAUUGAUAAAACAUCAACCAAAGCUAGUACUACAUCGAGCAAUAUUAAAAAGUCGGAGAAAACAAAAUCAGAUGUAAAAGCUAUAGAACGAACACCAUUUGUUUCUGAACAAACUGUUCAAAAACAAUCUAUUGAUGUGACAGAAACCAUUACAUCAGAGAAAUUAAAAACUAAUGUACCUACAACAGUUAUUGGUGGAUUUUCAUUUACAUCAACACCAAUUAUUCAAAAAACAACCACUACAGAAUCUUCAAAAGUUCCUACUAAGUCAGAAGUUAGUCCAUUUGCCGGUUUUACAUUUAAUAAGACUGUAACGAAUGCUGAAAGUUUUGCAACUACGACACAAAAAAGCUCGACUACUGGAAUAAUAGCUGCAUCACAGUUUACUUUCCCAUUUACAAAAGCAACUACACCUUCUCAAUUAGGGGCUACAACAGUACCAACUGUUAGUGUUCAUAACUCGUCAAUUUCAUCUUCACAACCAAUCAGUACUGUUGUUACUAGCGAAAAUACUUCUGUUAAUACUCCUCAAUUUUCACUUAGAAGACCUUCUGCUCCUGCUCCUGCUCCUGCUCCUGCUCCUGCUCCUGCUUCUGCUCCUGCUUCUGCUCCUGCUCCUGCUCCUGCUCCUGCUCUUGCUCCUGCUUCUGCAAAUUCUACUGUUCCAACCUUUGCUUUUGCGGGUAUUCAAGAUACAGGCAAGUCUCUUGUACAAACUGAAUAUGAAGAAAUGCUAUUCACUGAAAAGAUUAGCCUUCAGUAUUACAACAGUGAUGCCAAACAGUGGGAAAACAGAGGUACUGGACAAAUAAAGAUUUUAUGGAAUCCAAAAACGAACAAAAUUCGUUUAUUAAUGAUAGAUGAAAAUAGUUUGAAAGUUUGUUAUAAUUAUGAUAUUUUUGCAAAAUGCCCAUUUACACUAAAAAGUAAUAGUAACACAAUUGUCAAUUGGAAUAUACAAUAUGGGUUAGACAACAAAACAGUAAUGUUUGCAGCAACAUUUAAAACAUCCAGUCAAGCAUCUCAAUUUUAUAGCAUAAUUACUAGCAAUCAGCAAAAGAUGGUAAACAAUUGUAUUACAGCAGAAAAUUUAAAAAAGCCAGAAACUCUUCAAAAUACACAAACAAACAAGAUACAGACUUCCUUGUCUGAAAUGUUUAAGCCACCAGCAGGAUCAUGGGAAUGUAAUGCUUGCUACACAAGAAAUACUGAAUCGAAUGCAAAAUGUAUAGCUUGUGAAGAACCACGUUCUUCUGUGUCGAAUAAAUCAAAUAUCUCAAAUACAGUUACAUCAAGUCAAAUACCUCUUUCACAAAUGUUUAAACCACCUACUGGCUCGUGGAAAUGUAAAUGUUGCGAUAUUGUUAAUGCAGCUGAAAGUAAUUAUUGUGUUGCCUGUGACACACCAAAAGAUCUGUCUCUUCCACCUAAACCAAAAACUGAUGGUUUUCAGAUAAGUACAAGUUCCUCUGGAGCUACACCCACAUUUACGUUUGGUAUUCCACAAGAUACUACUAAGAAAAGUACAAGUGGAUUUUCAUUUCGUUUACCUACCUCUAAUGAUGUUUUUAUAGAUUCUAAAUCUACAUCUUCAAUAGUUACAAAAUCUGAUGAUAAAACAGAUACAUCAAAUGCAAAAUUUGUUUUUGGAACACCAGGAAAAUCGUUUGGGUUCAAUUUUGUGUCUAAAUCAUCUCCAGCAAAGUCUGGUGAAGAAGAAAAUAGUGAAGAGGAAGUGGUGGAAAGCGAUGACAUUCAUUUUUCACCCAUAAUUCCAUUACCAGAUAAAAUUGAAGUUAAAACAGGUGAAGAAGAAGAAGAAGUUCUUUAUAGUCAUAGAGCGAAGUUGUUUAGAUACGAUAAAUCGGUAAAUGAAUGGAAAGAACGUGGUUUAGGUGACAUAAAAUUAUUACGACACAAGGAAACGGGCAAAUUGCGACUAGUAAUGAGACGAGAGCAAAUAUUAAAGCUGUGUUUAAAUCAUUUCGUGCUUCCAAAUUUGGAAUUGAAGCCGAAAGAUGAGAAAACAUGGAUGUGGAAUGCUGCUGAUUAUAGCGAAGGAGAAAUCGAACCCACUCUCUUUGCGUGUCGCUUUAAAACAUCCGACAUUGCUAACGAUUUCAAAGAUGUAAUUGACAAAUCAAGGAUGGAGCUCCCACCCAUUGAAAGAACUGCUGAAACGAAAGUAGAAGCAUUUACCGAAGUUUCACCUACACGAGAUAUCGAGGUUCUGUACGAGUUGAAAGUAACACCUGAAGAAAAACAAGCUGCAUUAAAGUUUCAACUUCCAGAAAACUUCUAUGCGUACAAACAAAAGCCAGAUUGUCCUGGAUGUAGAGGCUGUAAAGAAUAUUCUGAUGUAUCGUUAUUUUCAGAUGGAAAUUCUGGAAAAGCAGCAUCUACAUCAAAAACACCUGCAGAGGAUCAAAAACCUCUGACUACUACAUCUGGGAUACAGUCACUUUCAAAAUCUAUUAAUUUAAGUCCCGCAUCUAACGAAUUCACAACUGUUCAAACACCUGUUUCAAAUACUGAUACAACUGUUUCUUCCAUUUUCAAGUCUGGAUUGCAUAGUACAACCACGUCACAAUUUGCAACGAAUUCUCUCUCUACAACAACUACAUCAAGUAUAUCAUUUGGGAAUACUAAUACGAUCACAUCAAGUGAUAAGAAAACUGGUUUUUCAUUUGUAAUGCCCCAAACUAUAUCUACUACAAAUGAGAUACAAAAAUCUACAUCUGAUACUUUAACACCUGAAAAUUUAAAAAUCUGUAGUCCCACUAAUUCUCAAGGACAGGUAUCAUCGACUACAUCUUUUUCAUUUAUGACAUCGUCUACAACACCUACAACAUCCAUAUUUGGAAUGGCAAAAUUAGAUAAUACAGGAAAGAAUAUUUUUGGUGGAAUGUGGAAAAAAGAUUCUUCUGGAUUACUUAAGCCUACUUCCAUUAGUGUCAGUACAAAUAAUUCUGAAUCAAUAUUUUCAAAUAAUUUCAAAACUCAACCAAAAACAAAUACAAAUACUGCAAUGACAUCUGUAUUUGGUGCUAGUACUUCUCUUUUCGGAUCUUCUGCAUUGAAAACUAGUUCUGAAAGCUCAACCACAGGUUCAUUAUCAUUUGAUACAUCUGCUAAAUCUACUAAUUCAAUAUUUCCUAAUACAUCUACAUCAUUUUCGUCCAAUUUAUUCUCCGGCUCAUGUACAACUACAUCAUCUUUUACAAUUUCAAAUCCUGUGACAACUAAUGUUUUUGGAACAUUAAUACCAACAACAAGUGAAACACAAGAGGACAGUGAUAUUGCUUUCUUGCCAACGACAAAUGUGUCAUUUUCAGCUAUAGCAGCUCAAAAUCCCCAGAUGGCAUUCAAAAAAGAUCCAAAUUUUUCUUUUGUUGGUGCUGGGUCAGCUGUAUUUAAUUCGAAAUCAAAAUCUGCGCAAAAAGCAAAAGAAGUUACAAAUAAAAAAGAUGAAAAUGAAGAAGAAGAAUACGAUCAAACCGAAAAUGAUCAAGAUCAUGAUCCUCAUUUUGAGCCUAUUAUACCUCUGCCUGAUAUUAUCGAAGUACAUACCGGAGAAGAAGAGGAAGAGAAAGUAUUUUGCGAAAGAGCUAAAUUAUACAGAUACGAUAAGAACAUGUGCGAGUGGAAAGAAAGGGGUGUUGGAGAAAUGAAAAUUUUACAUCAUCCAAAAUAUGACCGUUACAGAUUGCUGUUACGACGAGAUCAAGUUUACAAAGUAGUAUGCAAUCUCUUACUUACUCCAGACAUUGUCUUUACUAAACUCACUACGAAUGAUCGCUCUUGGAUAUGGGCAGGCAUGAAUUAUGCUGAAGAGCAACCAUGUAUAGAGCAAUUAGCAGUUAAAUUUAAAACUGUAGAACUGGCAAAAAAUUUCAAGGAUACAGUUGAUAAAAUCCAACAAACUCUAAGCGAAAGCCGAGAAAAAAAUGUAGAAGAUAGACCAGUAAUAGAAGAACCAGAAGAUGGUAAAAAUGAAGAACUAGAUGAAGAAGAAGGUGAUGAAGGUGAAGUAGACGUUGAAGUAAAUGAAGUAGAGGAUGAAGAAGAAGAGGAAGAUAAUGAUGAUGAUGAUGAUGAUGAGGAGGAGGAUGAUGAUGAGUAUGAUGAUGAGUAUGAUGAUGAGGAUGAUGAUGAGGAUGAUGAUGAGUAUGAUGAUGAGGAUGAUGAUGAGGAGGAGGAAGAGGAGGAGGAGGAGGAUCAGAACUCCAUUACUUUUGAAAAAAGUGCUUCUGUGUUUGCUAGAAAUAAAAAAGGUGGUUGGAACUUUGUUGCAUCAGGAAAUUUAAUUAUUUAUUAUGAUUCUAAUAUUUUUGGUGAAAAAAUAAUAUUAAAGGCAGAUGAGACAGAUGAAGUUGUAAGCAACACAAUUAUUAGUAUGACAACAAACAUGAAGGUGAAUGGUACACGAUGCACUUGGACGGCAAUUGAUCAUGCCUUGACACCGCCGACAAAACGCACUUUAAGUGCCACUUUUUCCUCAGUACAUGUCGCACAGGAAAUGUAUAAACAUUUUCAAUAAGGGGUAGAACACGCAUUUCAAGCACACAUCAGUGAACCAUUCUAUGAAGAAUAAAAUAAAAUGAUUCCUCAUAUUUCUUAUAAUAAAGUAUUAUAUCUCUUGUAAACAAAAAUCAUUUAAUUUUAGUUCAAUUUCAAUUUAUAGGAUAAGUAGUUCCCAAUUUUAUCCUUUUUUAUGGGUGUAACUGUAUAAUAAAUAAUUGUACAAAUUAUCUAGGAGUUUAUGAAAAUAAGUAAAUUUUCGUCAAUUGUGAUGCAUUUCGCUCGUAAAAAAAGAUACAUGAUAAAUCAAAAUUACUUGGUUAACAAUUACGUAUCUAACUGUAAGUUCAAAUUUAACAUGUGAUAUUUAAAGAACUUUACUGAUAUUUAUAAAAAUAUUUAUUACAAUAAAAGUGCAUGUAUGUUCCAA